GAGAGAAAGAGCAAGAGACAGACAGAGAGGGAGAGAGAGAGCGCGCAACCGAGUGUGUAUACUCGUAUAUCCAGUUAUCGGUUUUCAGUGCAACGCAAGCCACUGAACACGGAAUAUUAUUUUUCAGUUUUUACUUGUUUUCAUUAUAUAUAUAUAUAUGUAUAUUAUUGUUGUUUUCUUCAUUUUCGAUGCGAUGCAAAAAGAAAAAAUAAUUAAAAAAAAAAUUAUUAAUCAAACAGAAAAACCGAAUCGAAUCGAAAACUAAACAAGAACCAAUAUUCUGUGCCGUGUGAAAAUCAAAUUGAGACACAACUACAUUCGCAUCGAAAAGAAUCUCGUUCGAAAAGUGACAGAAAUUUUUUUUUUCCAGCCAAAAACGAAAGAAACAGAGAACGACGACGACGUCAACGACAAGACAAUAUCACUUAUUGGUUCUCGUUUAACAAACAACAACAAAAAUACGGUUGCCCAAAAAAAAAAAUCACCAAUUUUCGUGUGUGACCUGUGCUGUGUGCGUUUUCAAUUUACAUUUUUCGUUUUAAAAACCGACCAACAAACAUUUUAUUUUCUUUUUAUCGUCGCACUUUCUUUUCUGUUUCUCUUGUCUGUUGUGGGCCAAAGCUGCCAAGUUUCCAAACGAACGAAGAAGAAAAAAUAUUCUAAAGUUUUGACUUGAUUUAAACAUUGUUCCAAGGGACUGUGUACAGCAGCAGCAGCACCAGCACCAGCAAAAAAAAAGAGUCAACCAAACAGCAGAAGCAGCUCAGCCUAAGCGAAAUUAGUUAACUUUUAGUGUGUGCCUCCGGUAGUGAAUGUUCUCUUGUGUGUACUUGUGCGUGCAGAUUCACUUCGCCCAAAUCAAUUAAAAACAAAACCUCUUCAUUUCGGUCGAAUGGCAAAAAACAACAACAUACAAUUGAUUAUUGUUGUGCAUCAACAAUAAUAGUAAUAGACGACAAGGGAAAAACACAUUCGCACACACACACACUCACAUACACACAAAACGCUCUCUGUGUAUGCUCUUUUUUUCGUGCGUUUUUUUUUUUCAUUUCGUUGAAAUUGUGAGUUUAAUUGUUAAGUCGGUGGUAUCCCACAUUCCAAAUGCCAUAAUCUAAUUCAAAUAAUUGACAUUGUGCGCGAGAGAGAGAGAGAGAGAGAGCCAACCCAAAAUGGGAAUUGUGUUGUAGUUUCGGUUCAACAGCAAAGCUGUUUUUUUUUCUUCAUUCAACUCUACGUGCUUUUUUUUUGCGAAUCAAUUGAUUUGAUUGACGAAGCAAAACGCGAACGCGGAACAGAAAAAAAAAACACUAAAAACAACAAACAAACAGACAAAUCCAAGUUAUUAAAAAGUAAUGUGUGUGUGCACAGUUUUAAAUUUCGGUAAAGUGCGCGCGAUGAACGAAUCAGUUGUUGUUUAUGUGGUCAAUUGAGAGAAGUGAGUGAAAAUAGCCAAAGUACCAAGGAAGUGAACCGAAUGGUCAUUGUGUUUCGCGUCAUCUUGUUUAUUGUGAUUUGCUGCACUGGUUGGAAAGAUGAUCGAACAAAGUAGCUCUCACCAAAAAGAAUCGUUCCAACAGUCCACGCACAUUAAAUGAGAUUCUCUUUUACACACAACGACGUGAAUUCAAUUCGUUUCUCGCCCGCAGAAUACAUGCAAUUCAAAACAUACCAAAAACAAAACAAUGAACACACUCAUUUCUAUAACGUAAUCAGUUUACGGUGCAUUUUUGGUGAAAAAAAAGAAGAAGACAGAAACACGCAGUUUGAAUUGAGAAAUAAACAGAAGGAAAGCGCAACGACCACAGAAGAAAGAAAAUGAACAAAUUCGCUGUUUCAGUGUAAAAUCACUGCCAAUCGCCCAGCUCGCUCGCGCGCGCACCUUUUCGAUUGUGUGCUGUGCGUUCAAAAACAAAACAACAGAGAAAAAAAACGAGUCACAAAUGCACUACGACCGAAUGCAACGCAUUGAAAAAGGAACAACUGGCACCAUCAACCAUCAACGAUUUGCAAGUUUCGUUUAACAAACGGAAAUUCACCGAAAAUUAUUUCGACAACAACAGCAACAACAACAACAUCAUACACGGCCAUCAAUAUUUAAAGCAAAAGAACGACCGACCGAGAAUUUUUUUUAGCUUGAAACAAAAAAAAAGAGGCAGAAUUCCGAACAACCUUCAUCAUAAUAAACAACGUUUUGUAGCGUGAGACAGACAUACGGUGUUUGUAUGUGUGCUGAGAAUUAAGCAGAAGGAAAAAAAAAACAGAACGAACGAGUUACAGUCAUCAUUUCAUCUUAACAACAAAGCCGCACAAUCAUGUCUACCCGGUCGCAAUUAACAAAAGACUUAAACGAUAGCGUCAAAGCAUUGCUGGGUCGCCACACCAAAAUUCUCAUCAAAUACAUGGUGAAAUUGGAGACAAAAGGUGACAAAACCGAUAAUCGUGUACUCGUUUUUACACCGGUUAGAAUUUACUUACUAAUAGCCAAAGUACCAACAAAAAUCGACUGCCAUUUUCAUUACUUGGAUAUUCAGUCCGUUGAAAGCAAAGAUUCGACACAUUUUACGAUCAUUACAAAUGAUCGAGCUUAUUCAUUUGUUACAUCCGGAGAUGCUGGCAAUUUCAGUUCGGAUGCCGAUGUUAUUGUUACAGAUUUGGCCUCAGCAAUUAAACAAAUAUUUCCAACCGUUCCGUUGAAAUAUAUCAUUCGGAAGAUUGACAUUCAACCAAGCGAACGAGAAGCAAUAUUCUCCGAUGAACUACGACCAUCGGAUCCACGAAAUGUUGGACCAUGCGGCGGUUUUAGCAGACAAUAUGCAUGCAUGUGCGACUUUCACGGCAUUACCUACAGAGAUGAAGUGGCUUGGGAUAUUGACACAAUUUACCUGUCACACGAUACACGAAUACUGAAUUUACGUGAUUUCGAUCACUUGGAACCAAAAGACUUAACGGCAAUCGUAUCGGCACUGGAAUACAAUACGUUUUUUCGCGGCUUAAAAGUCACACAUACACGACUAUCGCACGAAACGCUUGAACGAAUACUUCAUGUCCUUAGGCGAUCGAUGUGGUUGGAAGAGCUGCAUCUUGAAGCGUUAGGAUUAAGAUCGGAUUUUGUUCAUAAAUUAGCUGUAUCUGUGAUCACCAAUAAUAGUCCGGCACUUCGAACUAUUGACUUAAGUCAUAAUUUAAUUGAAGAUAAAGGCGCUGUUCAUUUAGCCGGUCCGAUAGCUAAAAUAUCUAAAGGUCUAUGUCGGCUAUCUUUAUCACAUUGUGGCCUAACAGCAAAGGGUGUCAAUCAAAUGGCUCAUUCGUUGACAUUGAAUCAAAGCAUUUCCAGUUCAUUAACCUAUCUAGAUUUAAGCGGCAACAAUUUAAAGGACGAUAUUAAUAAUCUAUACAAUUUUCUUGCUCAACCAAAUGUCUUAGAGUAUUUGGAUUUGUCCGCAACGGAUACAUUUUUGGAGAACUUAUUCGGAGCCCUAUUGCGUGGAUGUUCAACCCAUUUAACGCAUUUGAAUGUGUCGCACAAUUUUUUCAAUACGAAAAAAGGAAAAGAGAUACCACCGUCGUUCAAGCAAUUUUUCACCAGUUCGUUGAGUCUAAAGCAUUUGAAUAUUGCAUCAUGUAAAUUACCGCUGGAGGCGUUAAAGCAUUUGCUGCUCGGUUUAGCGUGCAACGAGUCAACGGCCGGUUUGCAUUUGGAUUUGAGCAGUAAUUCGUUGGGUGCACAGGGAGCGCAUGUGCUGGAAUCGUGCAUACAUGGUGUUCGUGUGCUUCAGAGUCUUGAUAUUGGCGACAAUAAUUUGGACUCGGAAUUGGCAUCGGUGUUGACGGCAAUCGGUAAAAAUCCAUCGAUAAAAUCGCUGAACAUGACGCGUAGCUUUGCGGGCAUGAAAUUGAAGCACAUUGCAACUGUGAUGGAUGCGCUAGUCGGUUUGAUUCAAAAAGACGAUUUCCCACUCACCGAACUCAUUCUGGCGGAAAACAAGCUCAAGAACGACAUUCAUGAUUUCAUAAAUGCACUGGGUAGCAAUCAAAGUCUGCAAAAAUUAGAUAUAAGCGGUAAUUUGAUGGGAGACAUUGGAGCAAGACUGUUAGCCAAAGCGUUGCAAAUCAACAACAAAUUGCGAUCAAUUUCGUUCGACAGAAACAACAUAACAUUACAGGGUUACAAUGACAUCGUCUAUGCAUUAGAGAAUAAUUUUAGCAUGCGAAAUAUUUUGUUUCCGGUGUUUGAUAUUGCGCCAUGUCUCAAGCAACAUCCGGAACGUACGGAUUUUGUGAUGCGUAAGAUGCAAGAGUAUUUGCAACGGAAUAGCAAUGGUUUCAAGCAUGCUAGUGGCCAAGGUUUUCGUUUGCAGCACGGAUUUUUGUUGUCGUCAACGCAUCAAUUGGUGGAUAAAUUGGUGUCCGAAACGCAGGAAACCAUUUCAUUUCGGCAUGGCGGUCAAAAUGUUGAUUCAGCGGUGCAACGUUUGAUCGAUGAUGCGGAGAAUAGUAAGCAAUUGUUGCCAAAACUGCAAGAAUCCGUACGAUGUGACCAGCAUCCGAUUGAAGUGAAAUUGAGUCGCAUGGCAAACGAUUUAAGCCAAAACAUUCGCAGCUAUCUAACCGAAACGAUGGAAACAAUGCUACGAACGGGCGUUGAACAAUGCCCGAAAACGCUGGGCAACCAAAGUGUUCUGAAUGAUUUACGGAAGAAUUGCCAAGAACGUCUUCACAUCACCGAUGAAUUUCUGCACACAUGCAUCAUGAACAAUGCCGGCGGCGAAAUUAUGAACAAAAUCAGUGAAGUGGAACAAAGCUUGGCAGGAACGAUUGCAGACCGUGCUUCCGAUGAAGUGAUUGAAGCGUUGACACGAUGCCGACGAGGUCUUGAUAUUUCCGAUUCACAAACCGUUACAUUCGAAAAUGCCGAAACACCCGACAUCGUACGUAGCCGAUCUAGCCAAGACUCCAUGGGAUUCAUACAAAUCCGUGACUUGGACCUGCCACACCGAAAUCUCGACUCACCAACGAAAUUGGAAUACCUGAAUCUCGCGACGCCGCAUUUCCAGCCAAAGCGUCGUUCAUUUGCGCACAAAGUGCGACCGCAGUCGGUGGUCGAGAAUCUAAGUGUUGGCCACAUUCCGGAUCUAUUGGAAACACCGAAUUCGCGUAACAAUUCGUCCGGUUCACAAAACAAAGACAAUGGUGAGAAUUGUGAUUCAAUCACCGAAUUGCCGAGUACAUCGUUGCAGCUGCAGCAUUUGGUCAAAGGUCGACCGAAACGUGUGAAAACACGAGCGCCUACACGGCCACUCGUAACUGAAAUGUCAGCGCAUGCCAUUGGUGAAGGGAUCGAAGCAUUCUUCCGACCCGGUUCUGUAACACCGACCACAUUAACACCACUCGUUUCACCCACAUCCGAUGAAUGCAGCUCACUGAGUUUUGUCGACAGUCCAACGAUGAGCCGAGACGAUCACAAUGGCAAAAAUUGCUUUACAUCCGAAGAAACGACACCCAUUUUAGAAGAACGUAAACCAAUUAAAUUGGAACGCAAUUCACCGCUGCUUAAAGGGGUCGCAUCGUGGACACCACGCUCACGGUCCACGGACAAUUUGGAAAAAUACUCACCACUCGUCGGCCGCAAAUCACCGUUAAUUAAGAAACAAAUGACUGAGGUCAACAGCAGCAAUAACGAUAACUACGCAUCAAAUGCACAAUAUAAUAACAAUGACACGAAUAAUCAAAGCCGCUUACUGCCACCGGCACAUGCAAACGAAACUAAAACACGAUCACCAAGCAACGAAUCCAUCAAAAGCUUUGACAUGGACAAUAACAUUGCAAACAAAGUGGGCAACGGCGUUGUUAAAACACCACUUUUACCACCCAAACCAAGGCCAUGGUCUGUGGCUGGAAAUGAGGGAAAAUGUGAUUUUACGGUUGACUCAUCGACAACACCAGAUGGCCUGGAUGGUAGUGAUGUGGUUCUGAUUGAAGGUCAAUCGGGCGGUUCAAUAGUUGGCAUCACACCUGCAGCUUUAAGUAGCAGUAUUGUCGGUAUCUCACCAGGCGCUGCCCUUGAGAAGAAAUCCGUUCGAGAUAUGGCAGCUGGACUGAAUCGAUUAGGAGUAGAUAUAAUUAAGCCAAAGCCGUUACCACGAAACGUAAUCAAUUUUACACAGGCAAAUAGUAGCAAUAAUAGUUCGACAGUAAAUAAUUCAAAUGAAAAUACUACGUCGACUACAGCCAACACCACUCCAGCCACCGCCACAACCGUCGCUGCCGCCACGGAAACAACCCCAGCAAAUACACCCGCCAAAAGUGCUAGCACAAAUCCUGCCAUGCCCGUUGUCACAUCAACGGUCAGCAAGACUGAAUCGUUGAUCCAACGAUUCUCGUUCAACAGCAGCAGCAAAUCAACGCCCGAUGUCAUGAAACGAAUCAGCAGCAAACAAAUUGCCACAAUAUUUGAGAGUAACAUAAAUGGUACUAAGCGUGAUGUGAAGCCAAUUCCAGAGAAUGUUAGUUGAAGGGGCUGCAUUCAAGCGCAAAGUGUCAGGGCAUCGGAGUCGCGCGUUCAACCGGGUGCGACUGCAUUUUAAUGAAUCAACAGAGAGUUCCAAGUGUAACACAACGACUUCGCCAUAACAUUUAUAAACACAAAACAAACAAACGAAUAACAAAACGGAAUUUCGUCUGAAUAAAAAUUGUAAUUGUGAAAUUGUAUCAUUUUCCCUGGUUCCGUUCGUAUGUAGAAUGAAUGGAUAUUGUGAGAAAGGCUCGAGAUGAGGAGAGAACUACAACACAGAGCAACAAUUUUUAGAUGUUCCAAACAAAAUAUUCCAAGCAACAAAUCUGAA